AUGGCUGAAACCACCAAACUCCAGCUCUUUGUGAAGGCCAGUGAGGAUGGCGAGAGCGUAGGACACUGCCCUUCCUGUCAGCGGCUCUUCAUGGUCCUACUCCUCAAGGGUGUGCCCUUCACACUCACUACAGUGGACACACGAAGGGCAUUGGAUGUGCUGAAGGACUUUGCACCAGGCUCCCAGCUGCCCAUCCUGCUGUCCGAUGGGGAUGUCAAGACAGACACACUGCAGAUCGAGGAGUUUCUGGAGGAGACACUGGGGCCACCUGACUACCCUAGCCUGGCACCCAGGUACAGGGAGUCCAACACAGCAGGCAACGACAUCUUCCACAAGUUCUCUGCCUUCAUCAAGAACCCAGUGCCUACACAGGACAAUGUCCUGUAUCAGCAGCUGCUCCGGGCCCUGACCAGGCUGGACAGCUACCUGCGUGCACCACUGGACCAUGAGCUGGCACAGGAGCCACGACUUCGUGAGUCCCGCCGCCGCUUUCUCGAUGGUGACCAGUUCACGUUGGCUGACUGCAGCCUGCUGCCCAAGCUGCACAUUGUGGAUACCGUGUGUGCGCACUUCCGCCAGCUGCCCAUCCCUGCGGAACUGUCCUGCGUUCGACGCUACUUGGACAGUGCACUACAGGAGAAAGAGUUCAAAUACACAUGUCCACACAGCGCAGAGAUCCUGGCAGCCUACCAGCCUGCUGUGCACCCCCGUUAGCACCCCACCUCCAUACGCUCAUCUGCAGCCCCAUAAAGCAUCUCUGCUCCAA